AUGCCGCCUUGUGUCGAUUGCAGUAGGGGUGAAAUCCGAGUCCGCUCCGGCGACCUGAAAGUGCUGGGUAGCCGCAGACUAGCAGGUCGUUGCGACGGCUCAAGCGAGGUCGGCCGCGCGCGAUAUUGGAGUUUGCGGCGCGAGUGUGAAGGGUUAUAUUCGCGUGACAGGCUCAGCGGCGUGGGUAUGUCGCGCGGCGGUCGCGGUGGCGGCGUCGCUCUUCCGGGGAAGGCGCUAUCUCGGGUGCAGCGGGCGCCGGGCGCGGCGCAGCCACCACCCCCUCGUAAA